UCCGGUUAAAGUCAAAGUCAAAAGUAGUUUUUGAUGAAGUUGCACAUUGUUUCUCAUGAUAUGAUCUUUCUAAUGUAGAGUUUUUAUCCCAAUUUCAUGGUUCAUUGAACAUAGAAAAUGAUAGUAUGAGUGGUGCAUCAGUGUAGUAUGGACACAUUCUUGUUUAUUUUCAGUCUCCAGAUCGGGAGACAAUUUCAUAUAUGUGCUACUUCCUGUUCAAAUGAAUAUCUCCUGUUCGGGAGAUUGUCUCAAGUUUGGGAGAUUGACUCAAGUUUGGGCGAUUAUGGCUCCUGAUUGGGGAAUAUUACUUAGCUGACCUCACCGAUCCACCAACAGAAAUCUUGGGUCAGGUGUGGGGAAACAAACGAUUCUUUUAAAUGCAGCCCUAAGAUUUUAAUGAAAUUAUAUGCUGAUUGUUUCAAAGUUUUGGUUAUUAUCUUUCAUACUAUUAUGGUUAAAUUCAACCCUUAAGGGGUUACUGCCUUUAAAAGACCCUUUUCUCAGUUUUUAACACUUUAAACAUCAUAAAUUAUAUAAUCAUUAUUAUCAAUGAGAUAUCUGCGCAAAAUUACAGGUGAGCCAUUUCUCCUAAGGACUUUUCCAGGGUUAUUGUAUGGGGGAAAGGAAGGCACUCUAUUAAAAUUUGGUAGGUGGUGGUUCUUGUAGAAAGAUUGCCUGAACAAUUAAAAGAAAUAUCCAAUAAAAAUAUAUGUAUGGUGGGUCAAAUAAAAGUGCCUUCUGACCACCCCAUAUAUUAAUUUCUGGAAUAGCCCUUGUUCUUAAUAAUCAUCUUUAUCAUGAUUUAAUUAUCUAUUGUAGAGUAAACAGUCAUUACCUGUAAAGGUUUUCGAUAAUAACAGAAUAAUAAGAAAAGGAAUUGUGGCAUAUUCGUUUCCUGAUUUAAUAAAUAAAUGCCAGGAAAAGUUUAUGGAAGGAGAUUCAACGACAUUCAGUCUAGUCCUGGACGCAGAUGGAGUCGAAAUAGAUAAUGAUUUUUUCAACAGUUUAGAAGGAAAUGUCAUCCUCAUGCUACUUAAAACAGGGGAGACCUGGGAACCACAAGACAAUAAAUUCAAUAGACAUGAAAGAGUAACUUUAAAAUCAGAAGAGGAAAAGAUGAUUGCGAUGAUUGAUAAAUUACGUGAAAAAGUUAAAAAAAGGAAACUAGAACCUGCAAGACUUGAUAGGGAGGUGAACAGCACUAGUAGCACUCAAAGCAGUAACUUAAUGGUUUCUUGGAAAAUCCUUGUGCCUGUAAAGACAGUUUUCACAUUACUGUAA